AUGGAUCCAAACAUCCAGGGAUCCUUUCUGUUCAACAACAGCCUCAACCAGUUCCCCUCGGAUCUAAAGGCGCCAGUUUGCCAGUACUCAGUGCCCAACUCUUUCUACAAGCUCAACCCUGGCCUGAACAGCCAGCUGCAAGCAGGGACACCCCACGGCAUCAGUGACAUCCUGAGUCGCACCAUGAUGGGCACCACAGGCACCACCACCCUGCUGUCUGGAUACUCGACCAUGGGGGGGUUCAGCCCCUCCGUCUCCAACGCAUCCAUGUACUAUAACCGAGACUACAACUCUUCACUGGGCAGCUUCACCAAGCCGGGCGGCGAGUGCCCGAUGAAGGCUCGCAGUGUGAGCUGCUGGGCCGAGAGCGGCUGUGACUGGAGAGGAGGGAGGCAGCAGUGCACCAACAGCGGUGCUCCUCUCGGGGAGAUGUCCGGCAGGAAGAAACACACCAGGCCGACGUUCAGUGGACAUCAGAUAUUUGCUCUGGAGAAAACCUUUGAACAGACCAAAUACCUGGCCGGGCCUGAGAGAGCGAGGCUGGCUUAUUCCCUGGGAAUGAGCGAAUCACAAGUUAAGGUGUGGUUUCAGAACCGACGCACCAAGUGGAGGAAGAAGAGCUCCACGGAGCCGAGCUCCACGCAGGGCAGCCUGCACGCCGGGCAGGGCGAGGCCUCGGAGAACGAGGUGGAGGACGAGGAGUACAACAAGCCCCUGGACCCCGACUCCGACGACGACAAGAUCCGCCUGCUGCUGCGUAAACACCGCAGAGCUUUCUCCGUGCUGCGCCUCGGGCCGCACCACGUCUGACACGCGCACACGCGCUUCAGCAAGAGAUGCAUGAUCACAUGUAAAAUCACAUUAGUUUAGAACACAGUUAAAUCCAUGAAGCAUGUUCAGAGCAGGACAUCAGAGGGUUCAAUACACAAAACGAAGCUAAAAGAAGAUGUUGACUUUUAUAAGUUACUGAUCUCUGGUCUGUUUACUGUUACACUGACAUGUGGGGGGAUUGGGUCUCUUCAUUUUGUAAAAAUAUGAGAAAUGACAUGGGGAAGAAAAGUGCAUGAUGGAGCUGUUUCUGAUUCUAAUGAAUAAAGAAGAGAACAACCGCAGUCAUGUGUUCUACAUUUGAACAGCGGGACUUGUUGGUGCUUAUUUGAAUUUCAAAAUAAAACGGCAAAAUGUCAUGUCACGAGGACAAAUUACUUUAUGAAACUUUCUUUACUCAUUGAUAUACCCAGAGUGCUGUAACAUUUUGAGGUUGAAAUGUAAGGUCAAUAUUAUCCCGAAAGUUACUUUUAAUAAUAAAAGAUUAUUGUAAUGAGUUUAACAUUUUUGUUACAGACACUGAAUGUGAAUUCUGUUACGAUGCGUAUGGCAGAACUUAUUUCAAUUUACAUUAUUAAUACGGACGCAAUGGGAAAAUGUAUAAAUGGUAUACAAAUACAUUUUAACCCAAUGAUGGCUAAAAUGAAAAAAGUUGCCUUUUGAUUUCAUUUGUACAUUGUGAAAAAUGUCAAUGGCCAAUGCAAUAAACUGUUGUGCGUUAUUUGUAA